UAUUUACACCAACGGUUAAUUUUACAGAAACAUUUACUCCUGCAAAAAUUCUCUUUAAAAUACUUAAAUUUGACAACAUCAAAACUUGACGUUUAACGUUUAAACUUUCUUUUAACUUAAGAGAACUGUGAGUAUAAUAAAUAAUCCUAUAUAUAUCUAAAUAUUCUGAGAACAAUGUUUUUACUUCUGUUAAUCGUAACUAAAGCGACAAACCUGUAAAUGACAGGGGGUUAUUGGGUCUGACGAAAAUAAAUAAACCACGGUGCAGGUAAUUUCCUCGUUAAUAAUAACGCUUUGAAAACAUGUCAAAAAGGAAGGAAUCCGUUCAGUAAUCAGGCCCCACUUCGGACCCCUUGCUUAUUGAAGAUGUAAUAACCCCCAUCUGUUCCUGGCUUCCCCUCCGCGACGUGAAAAACUGUCGCCUCGUCUCCCGAACGUGGAACGUCUCGGCCAAACCGAUCCUCCGAAAGAAAAGUAUUAUUCGUUUUCAAUGCUACUUCGAUCAGAAGGAAAUCGCUCGAAAUGCAAAGUUUCAGAGGGAAAUGGCCUCUUUUGGAAUCCUGCACCACGUGGCCAUUGACAUGGACGAGGAGGAAAUUUGUACCGACAAAAACGAGCCGCUAGAUGGCUACGAGAAGAGUGAAGUUUACCUGGAUAACGUCCACUUUUUCACCAAGUAUCUCUCCGUGCAAAACUUGGACAUAAGGGGACAUAUCGCGUGGCCCUUUGUGUUCCAACUUUUGGAAAAUAUUCUCCUCUCAUGCUCCUCCGACUUGGUCCAAGUCGCGAUUAAGAUGAGUAUUAGUCAAGAUUUCGUUAAAGGGGACGACCCUCGAAUAGUAUUUUGUGGCGGGAACAAAUUCAACAAGGUGAAAAAACUGGACAUUUCGUUUCGUGCGGCAGAAGAAUUUGCAGUGUCGCCGGUCAGAGUAGGACAAAUUUUGCCGGCUUUUCCAAACAUUAAGGAUCUAAGCGUUGGUGCCGCCUUUCUUCCGUUUGUGUUUCCUGAUAAGAAUUCGUCUCCAAGAUUCUUGUCCACGUUACGGAUCACGAAGGACGUGCCUGGCUCCCACUGCACCUUCCUACUAAAUCUGACCCACCCCCUGAAGUACUUACACAUCGAAGCCGCCUUCAACCCACGCGGCCACUACUGGGACGACCAAGUCGACAUCGACGUGGCCCCCGUUUUGUACCAAGUUCUCUGCAAACAUCGCCACACUUUGGAAUAUCUCGCCCUCGGAUUGGAAGGGUUGUCUUGCAGGAGCGUUUGGAAACUUCCAAAUUUUCCGAACUUAAAACGAUUCACUUGUUUGGGCAGCUGCGAAGUUGAGGUUACUUUCGAGUCGGGAAGUAUAAAUUAUUCGGAAACAUUUCCAAAGCUGGAAUCACUCGGGUUCGCUGAGUGGCAUGGGGCCUGGACGCAUUGUUUCCAGUCCUUUUUUCCUGCCCGGACUGAAAUUUGUCAAAGUGUAAGGAGAUUCUACAUUUCGGGGUGGGUAGAACCGGACAGUUCGAGCGAUGAGGAAGACGAGAAGGGGAAAAUUGAUGCCAGGUUUGGCCGGAUUUUGAAUUUUUUUCCAAACGCGGACAACCCUUUUAUGCAGAAAUGGAGGCUUUACUAGAUCGAGAAGAAAUU